AUGAAUGCGCGUCAACCAUGUGACUGGCCUCAUGGAAACAGGAGAGCGUGUUGCCAUGUAUCGGGUGGAAGAGCAGACAUCGCACCUGCACAGAACAUCACUGAUGACAACUUUGGGGGUAAAAUAUUGGGAAAGCGGAGCCUUAUGGUAAAUAAGCGUGUUAGAGAGGCAGAUGAGAACUCUGGUAUAUCGUGUGUUAAUUUGUCGCCUACCAGGAAAAGGAUUCGAGUAGCAGGAAAGAGUGCUCCAGAAAAGAGCCCUAGUGAUGAUGGAAACUCUCCACCCCAUCAGGAAGGACAACUUGAGAAAUCUGUAAAUAACAAGCCUGAUAAGAGUCGCCCAGAAACAAGAAAAUCCCUGAGGCGUGUUGAUGUUAGUAAGGGUUUGCUGGAUGCAAAUCCUCCAUCCCAUGAGGAAGGAGAACCUGAUAAAUCUGCAUUUAAGGACUCUGAAAAGGCAAAGCGUCAAACAAAGCCACCCGACGAGCGUCUUCCAAAGCGUCCUGCCGAGCGUCUUCAAACGCGUCCUCCAAGGCGUCCUGUCGAGCGUCCUCAAAGGCGUCCUGACGCGCGGGCGGAGACAGCGACGAACGAGGAGACAGAGAAGGAGACUGCCUCGUCCUCUUGA